AUGGAGUUGGCUUCUGAAAAUGAAGGGGCCGGGGGUCUCCAGAGGGCCGCCGAGGGGGCGUGGCCCCGUGCGGAGGGCGGCGGCGUCUCCACGGCCCGCGCCCCGGAGGCCGCGGGAGCUGCGGACGGGCUUGCGCCGAGCCGGGUGACGCGGACGGAGGACGCCGAGCGAGGACGUGGGCCCCGGGCGCCGGAGGUGGACCUAACGGUGGUGAAGCAGGAAACGGCGGACUGGUGGGAUGUGGAAGGCGGCGCGUUGGACGGCCUCCGGGUGAAGCUGGAGGAGGGGCCUGAGGUGAAGGAUGAAAAGGAAGGUAUUUUGCAGGUGAAGCAGGAGGUGGACAGUAGUGUGCCGGUCAAAGAAGAGGACGUGGAUGAACCCGAGGUAAAGGAAGAGAAAGUGAAGGAAGAGGUGACGCACUGGCCAGAAAUGAAGGAGGAGAAGGAAGGUAACUUGGAGAUAAAACAGGAGGAGUUGGUCGGUCAGAACAUAAAGCAGGAGGAGAUGAUGGAUGGAGUGUGUGUAAAAGAAGAGAAGGACGUCCUGAAAAGAGAAGUGAUGGCUGAUACAACGGUGAAAGAAGAGCCUCCGGUGGAUCUCCCAGUGGGCUGCAAGCGGAAACUGGCCAUGUCCAGGUGUGAAACUUGUGGGACUGAAGAAGCGAAAUACAGGUGUCCACGUUGUAUGCGAUAUUCCUGCAGUUUACCCUGUGUAAAGAAACACAAAGCAGAACUGACGUGUAAUGGAGUUCGAGAUAAAACUGCAUAUGUUUCAAUACAGCAAUUUACUGAAAUGAACCUCCUGAGUGAUUACCGGUUUUUGGAAGAUGUGGCAAGAACAGCAGACCAUAUUUCUAGAGAUGUUUUCUUGAAAAAACCAAUAAGCAAUAAACAUAUGUACUUUAUGAAAAAUCGUGCCCGAAGGCAAGGUAUUAACUUAAAACUUCUACCAACUGGAUUCACCAAGAGGAAAGAGAAUUCAACAUUUUUUGAUAAGAGAAAGCAGCAGUUUUGUUGGCAUGUGAAGCUCCGGUUUCCUCAGAGUCACGCUGAGUACACAGAGAAAAGAGUACCCGAUGAUAAAACUAUUAUUGAAAUUCUAAAACCUUACAUUGAUCCUGAAAAGUCUGACCCUGUAAUUCGUCAAAGGUUGAAGGCCUAUAUUCGCUCUCAGAGUGGGGUCCAAAUUUUAAUGAAAGUUGAACACAUGCAGCAAAAUUUAAUAAGAUACUAUGAACUGGAUCCCCAUAAAAGUCUCCUAGAGAAUUUGAGGAACAAAGUGAUCAUCGAGUAUCCAACCCUGCACGUGGUACUGAGAGGAUCUAGUAAUGACAUGGAGGUCCUUCAUCCGGCGCAUGCGUUCCCUCUCCCUUCUCCUUAGGGGUGAGGGUUCCAGAGACAUGAGGUCGGAGCUAGGCUGGUGCAGAGGAUGCCGUGAGAGCUUACAUCAGUGUGGAGGAAGCCGAGGGAGAGAAUAAGCUUGUGGAGGCCCCCGAAACACUCACCACAGGACUUCAUGAAGUGCCUUAGGGAUGGGGCCUGUCUUAGGAGGAGCUGCUUUGGUGCUUUAUUAAUGAAAAUUCAGUAAAUACCAUUUUGGUUGCUGAUACAGUCUGAAAUCUAAGCAAACUGCAGGAAACUUGUUGGUUGGAAUAGAAGGCUGUGGUGGGGGCUAUGGCGCUCGCCUCAGCUUUACAAGCUCCGGCCCUGUGCAGUCCCUCUGCCUGUCUUGGUUUCCUCUUCCUUUCCUACCCCAUGAGGACAGCAGCUGCAAGUGUUACGCAGAAUAAUCUUUGUCUUAACUGUGACAAUCUUAGUAGUGUUUUUAAUGCAUUACUUCCUUUUGUCUUUGUGAUAAAAUGAAAUAAAUCCUACAGUUCCA